AUGGACGAGACGGAUAAGGAGAAAUUCGCAGGUCAGGAAGUGGUGUUCCAGUGCCUUGGGGAAAGUCUUCUCUACAACGCCUUCCAAGGCUACAAUGCCUGUAUCUUUGCCUAUGGACAAACAGGUUCGGGAAAGUCAUACACAAUGAUGGGUUCAGGGGACCAGCCAGGUCUGAUUCCCCGCCUGUGCAGUGCUUUGUUUGAACGAACCCAGAAGGAACAGCGGGAGGAGGAGAGCUUUACUGUUGAGGUUUCCUACAUGGAGAUCUACAACGAGAAGGUCCGGGAUCUGCUUGAUCCCAAAGGGGGCAGACAAACUCUGAGGGUGAGGGAGCAUAAAGUUUUGGGCCCCUAUGUGGAUGGCCUGUCUCGACUAGCUGUGGCCAGCUACAAGGACAUUGAGUCUCUAAUGUCAGAGGGGAAUAAGUCUCGGACUGUCGCUGCUACCAACAUGAAUGAGGAGAGCAGUCGAUCGCACGCUGUCUUCAACAUCAUCCUCACACACACACUCAAGGACUUGCAGUCUGGGACAAGCGGGGAAAAGGUGAGUCGGUUGAGUCUGGUAGACUUGGCUGGAAGUGAGCGAGCAGCAAAGACUGGAGCAGCAGGAGAACGACUGAAGGAGGGAAGCAACAUCAACAAGUCUCUGACUACGUUGGGUCUGGUGAUCUCGGCUCUGGCUGAACAGGGAACUGCCAAGAACAAGACCAAGUUUGUCCCUUACAGAGACUCUGUUCUGACAUGGCUGCUGAAGGACUGUCUGGGAGGCAACAGUCGCACAGCGAUGGUUGCAACUGUGAGUCCGUCUGCAGACAACUAUGAGGAGACGCUGUCGACGCUGCGUUAUGCUGACCGAGCAAAGAACAUCGUCAACCAUGCUGUGGUUAAUGAAGACCCCAACGCUCGCAUCAUCAGGGAGCUCAGAGAGGAAGUAGAGAAACUGCGAGUACAGCUGACCCAGGCAGAGUCUUUAAAGGCUCCAGAGUUAAAGGAGCGUCUGGAAGAGUCUGAGAAGUUGAUUCAAGAGAUGACCAUCACCUGGGAGGAGAAGCUUCGCAAAACUGAAGAGAUUGCACAGGAGCGUCAGAAGCAGUUAGAGAGUCUGGGCAUUUCCCUGCAGUCCUCAGGGAUUAAAGUGGGAGAUGACAAGAGCUUUCUUGUCAACCUUAACGCUGAUCCUGCGCUAAAUGAACUGUUGGUGUACUACCUAAAGGAACACACAAAGGUGGGCUCAGCAGAUUCUCAGGACAUCCAGUUGUGUGGGAUGGGUAUCCAGGCAGAGCACUGUGUCAUUGACAUUUCAGCAGAAACUGCAGUUAUCCUCACCCCCUACCGCAACGCUCGGACAUGUGUUAAUGGUUCUCCAGUAACCAGCGCUCUGCAGCUUCACCAUGGCGACAGAAUCUUCUGGGGAAACAACCACUUCUUCAGGAUCAACCUGCCUAAGCGGCGCUCUCGGGGAGCAGAGGAUGAAGAGGGUGAGGGUGGUGUAAUGAAGAACAGUAGCAGCAGUGAGCAGCUGGAUGCAGAUGGUGACACAGCCAGCGAAGUGUCCAGUGAAGUCAGCUUCUCCUACGAGUUCGCCCAGACAGAGGUCAUGAUGAAAGCCCUAGGCAAUAAUGAUCCCAUGCAGGCAGUCCUCCAGUCUCUGGAGAGGCAGCAUGAAGAGGAGAAGCGUUCUGCUCUGGAGCGUCAGAGACAGAUGUAUGAGCAGGAACUCCAGCAGCUCCGCAAGAAGCUAAACCCGGACCGCCUGUCCACAGGCUCCUCGGGAGCGCCAGCGCCUGGCCAGCAAGGUUCAGGACAGCAGUCUCACUACCGCAGCCUGGAGAGACUCAGUAUAGGAGGAAUGAGCCACUCAUCCAGCGCUCAGAGCAGACUGAGGCAGUGGAGUGAGGACAGGGAGGUGGUGUUGGUGAGGAGUCUCAGAAGGUUGAGGGAGCAGAUAGUGAGGGCAAACCUCCUGGUACAAGAAGCCUGUUUCAUCGCUGAGGAGCUGGAGCGACACACCGAGUACAGAGUCACUCUGCAGAUCCCAUCGGACAACCUCAACGCAAACCGCAAGAGGGAUGCUGUGCUCAGUGAACCAGCCAUUCAGGUUAGACGUCGUUGUCGAGGGAAACAGAUCUGGAGUUUGGAGAAGAUGGAGAACCGUUUGGUGGACAUGAGAGAGCUGUACCAGGAGUGGCAGGACUACCACCUCCAUCACCAUGACAACCCAGUGAUGCGCUCAUAUUUCCGUCGAGCUGACCCGUUCUUUGACGAGCAGGAAAACCACAGUCUGAUCGGCGUUGCCAAUGUCUUCCUCUCCUGUCUCUUCUACGACGUCAAGCUGCAAUAUGCCAUUCCCAUCAUCAACCAGAAGGGAGAGGUUGCAGGCCGUCUCCAUGUGGAGGUGGUGAGGGUUGGUGGAGGCUUAGAAGACAACAUGGCUGGAGGAGAUGAACCAGACAACAACCAAGACGGUGAAAUCCAAGAUCGCAAACUUGUGUGCAUGAUUAAGAUCCUGCAGGCCACUGGUCUUCCCCAGUACCUGUCCAACUUCGUCUUCUGUCAGUACUCAUUCUGGGACCAGCCUGAGCCCAUCAUCGUGGCUCCUGAAGUCGACCCAUCAUCCUCGUCACCCAGCACCAAAGACCCACACUGCAUGGUGGUGUUUGACAGCUGCAAGGAGCUGGCUGUGUCAGUGACAGAGGAUUUCAUCGAGUACCUCACAGAGGGAGCAGUUGCCAUCGAGGUUUAUGGACACAGGCAGGCAGAUGCAGGCAGGAACCCCGCCCUGUGGGACCUCAGCAUCAUCCAGGCCAAGACACGCACACUACGAGACAGAUGGAGUGAGGUGAUGCGUCGUCUGGAGCUGUGGAUUCAAAUCCUGGAGAUAAAUGAGAACGGAGACUUUGUCCCGGUGGAAGUGGUUCCUGCCAGAGAUGUAAGGACCGGUGGAAUCUUCCAGCUUCGACAGGGUCAGUCAAGGCGAAUCCAGGUGGACGUGCGUUCAGUCCAGGACUCGGGCACCAUGCCUCUGAUAUCAGAGAUAGUGCUUGCAGUGUCAGUGGGCUGUGUGGAGAUCAGAAACACCACAGCAAACCAGGAAAUAGACGAGAUGGACAGUUAUCAGGAAAGAGAUCUGGAACGUUUGCGGCGGCAGUGGCUAGCAGCUCUGACCAAGAGACAGGAAUACCUCGAUCAACACCUGCAGAGCCUGGUCAGCAAAGCAGAAAAGACAGAGGAUGACAUGGAGAGGGAGGCUCAGCUGCUGGAGUGGCGCUUGACUCUGACAGAAGAGAGAAACGCUGUCAUGGUGCCCUCUGCUGGCAGCGGCAUCCCUGGAGCACCUGCUGAAUGGGUUCCUCUGCCAGGCAUGGAGACUCAUAUUCCUGUCCUCUUCCUGAACCUCAAACCCGAUGACCUCAGCUCUCAAGACCAGUUUGAGGUUCCUGAGGCUGGAGGCUGGGAUGCCACCCUGAGUGGAGAAGAUGAGGAUGACUUCUUCGAUCUGCAAAUUGUCAAACACUACGACGGAGAGGUAAAAGCAGAGGCAUCAUGGGACUCCACCGUCCAUGAGUGCCCCCAGCUCAGUCGUGGGGGAGCGUGGCCUGAGCAGCGAGUGUACCUCACAGUUAGAGUGGUGGUUCAGCUCAGUCAUCCUGCUGACAUGCAACUGGUCCUGAGGAAAAGAAUCUGCGUUAAUGUUAACCCUGGCCGCCAGGGGUUUGCCCACAACUUUCUGAGAAGGAUGUCCACCCGCAGCACCAUACCAGGCUGUGGGGUCACAUUCGAGGUGGUCUCCAACAUCCCCGGGGACGCCCCUGGAUCAGAAGACAGGGAGAUGUUGGCCCGGCUCGCUGCCAGCGCACACAACAGCCAGUCAGCUGAUGACGAGGCUGCUAUUGAGAAAUACCUCCGAAGUGUCCUGAGCCUGGAGAACAUCCUGACUCUGGAUAGACUCAGACAGGAGGUGGCAGUGAAGGAGCAACUGGCUGGCCGAGGGAGGAGCAACAGACGAAGCCUGAGUUCUCCUUCUGUCCACAGGCUGUCUGGAAGUAGACAAGACUUAUCCACAACUUGCCUGCUGGAUGAUAAGGGUCGAUGGGAGAGUCAGCAGGAUAUCUUCAUGCCCUCUCACCGCACCCUCCCUCGCCCAGCCUCCUCCCCUUCCACCUACUCCACCUCCCCUUCCUCAUCCCCUACUCCCUUCGCUAUGACCCCCCCACAGAACCAGGAACCAGAGCCAGUUAAGGCGCUGGUUCCUCAGAUGCCCAAACUGCUCAAGUCUCUGUUUCCGGUGCGAGAUGACAAGAAGGAGCUGAGACCAUCGCCGCACAACCAGCAGCAGCAUGUACCGCGCAUCAUGACAUCAUCAGGAGGGGACGACAACCGACUCAAAACUGAGACGCCCCCAACCAAAGACAGGCGGGCAGAGUUCCCAGAAGUCCCUCCUCUUCCUGUGCAUGACCCGCAUGACACCACCCCCCUCAGCCCCCUCAGCCAGUCGUCAAGCGGCUACUUCUCCACUAGUGUUUCUACAGUCACCCUGUCUGACGUUCUCCAACCCUCCUCCUCGUCUUCCUCCCUCCUGGCUGCUGAGACUACGUUACCCACAAACCCCCAGCAGCAGGGUGCUGACAGGAACGAUGUUGUGACCUCUCCUUCUCAGUGUGGUGCCAAGAUGGCUGUCGUUGCUCCACAAUCUUCAAACAGCUCAGCCAAUCACAACAACGUCACAGCGGAAAACUCCUUUUCUAAACAGAGGCUGGUAAACUCAGGAGGAGGAGGAGGUGAAGGGUUUGAACAGCUGGAGAUCUUUGUGGACGACGAAGAGCAUAGUCAUGACGACAAUCUGCCUGACUGGCUGACAGAAGGGGCAUAUGUUACAGUAGGAGGCAAUAAGGCGGGGACAGUGCGCUACGUGGGAGUGACGCAGUUUGCUGAGGGAGUGUGGGUGGGGGUGGAGCUGGACACACCUGUAGGUAAGAAUGACGGUUCAGUCGGAGGGCAUCGGUAUUUCCACUGUAAACCGGGCUAUGGGGUGCUGGUUCGCCCAGACCGGCUGUCCAGUCGUGAUCAGACCAGUCGGCGGACAGGAGAGUUUGCUCCUUCCGCCCACGUCCCCGUCCUCCGAAGAGAAGCCAUUGUUUCCCGGAGUAGAGAGAGCCGCAAAUCCUGGAGCAGUUGAGACAGCGAAACUAGGAGCUGGAUGGGAGAGAUGAACUCCUCACAGCCCCCCUACUCCUCCUCUUCCUCCACUUCCUCCUCCCUUAUCCUCCCAGCUAUGCAACAGGCUCACACAUCAGAACUGACUUACUGCCUACCGCCACCCCUACAGUAGGAAACUACACUCACAACAUCCAUUCACAGUUAAUGGAUACAAACAGAAUAAAGACAGUGAAGAGACUAUUCAGAAGAAAUGCAAGUAAGAUGAUGAAAGACUAUGCAGAGAAUAUAGAAGUCCAUGGAAGGACUAUUUAUCAUGUGGGAAGAUAAUGCUAAAUUAAUGGUGGUCAAUGGGAAGACUGCUGAGAGUGAAUGGAAGCAGACCUUAUCAUAUUGGGAGCGUCAGAGCUCUCCAGGGGUGUAGUUGGAACGCUGCAGAUGGGAUGAUUUGAUGAUAUUCAGGGAUGCAAACUAGGCAUGAGUCAUGUUUUUGUUCCCAGGUCACAUCUGUGAGUAUGUUUCAAAUUUGAUGAAAUGAUCAGACUUUUGUUGCAUCUCCACCUGUGAUGUGUUUGCAUCCCUGGAUAUGAUGUCUCUCCCCGGUGGUCCUGAGAUGCAAUGUCCCAGAACUGCGUGCUCCAGCUGCCACUCCCCCGAACUCUCUUGGUCUCAUCUGCAGACCGACACUUUGACUCACCCUCCUGGACUCCUUUUCUUUUCUCUCGAGGAUAGAUUCUCCCAGAAUGUGCCUUCACCAUGGCUUGGUUUGCAUUUGUUUUUCUGUGUAUUUAAUUUCUAUUAGCUUUGUCUGUGUUGAUGAGAAUGCCUUGUGCUAACUUGUGCUAAGUGUGAGGUGAUCUCAGGGACUGUAGAGGGGAAAGGCUAAGGAGGGGUGUGCGUGCGUGUGUGUUUUUGUGUGUGUAUUUGUAAAUGUUGUACAGUGUUGACCUGUGUGCACAAGUUGAUAUUGUAGUCAUGUUGGUGUUAAAGACUAGAUGUGUAGAGCAGGAGAAGUGUGUGUCCCUGUUGGACAAAGCCACUGUGGGAGCAAGUUGUUUGUACUGGGAGGGAUUUAAGUCGAUUUUGCACUGGAGACGUUGGAUAAGAAGUUUCUGUACGUGAGGAGAAUGUGUCUGUGGGCGGACGACGUGGUAACAGACUCCGUGAGGCUGUUGUAAUGUGGCGAUGUCUACGACGGUGUUACAUUAGAGAAUUCUCUCCAUCUGACUGGGCUCUCUGGACGUCUGUGUUUGACAGCAAGUGUCCUGGUCGUCCUCUGUAAGUGACUGACGACACUCUGCUGUCUAUAGAGUAGUAGUUUGGCGUUGUGUUGGUGGAGAUUGGCACGUGUAGGUGUUUAGGAAAUGAAAGUGAGACGGACACGCAGAAAUCCUGCUGGGACUUUCACACUUGGGAGGAGAAUCAAUUUGCUUCUAUGCAUUUGAUCUGUUUUGAAAAUAGUUUUUAACUUUUAUUUUUAAAUGAGUGACACAACUGGGAGAAUGAACUACGAGCAUGUUUUGGGAAAGUGUUAAACUCAGAAGCAGUUUGGAAUGAUUGAACAUUCCUGACGCAUCUGUUGAAGAUGAUGAAGAUGAUGGGACAGACUUUGAAAUUUUUUUUUUUAUUAGAUUUUUUUUUUUUUAUUGAACAUUCCAGAGGGACUUUAACAUUGUAUACUGACCUUGAUCCUGUGUAUUCAUUUACGGAGAAGCAUUGGCAGUGCACAGCACUGUUUCAUACUUAAUGUAUACCAUAAAUUUAUGAGGACUUUGGACAAGAGAGAGUUGCCUUGUGGGAGAUGUAGGUUCCAGCGUUAGUCAGGAUAUCUCGGCCUCUGCUGCUUCGACGUGGACGAUUCUUUUCUUAACUUGUCUCGAACUUUGUGGAAUCACUAAAGUAAAUUGCUGGAGACUCUGGUCAGUGUAAAGUGUUUGGUUUGAGUUGUCCUGAGUCUCACCAAGUGAGCGUUCGGCAUGUGCUGAUUUAAUGGUGAAAAAUUAAUAUUUCAACAUAAUGUGGGAUACGCAGCCAGGCGAGGUUCAUAUCCAAAUAGUGACAAACCUGAAUAUGUUGACAUUAUUAUUGAUGUCAAGUUGUGUCGUCAUGGGCUGUUUCUAUGGUAACAGUUAAUUAUUGUAUACAAAAGAAUCUGUAACGAUUUCUGAUAAUAUAACGAUUCAUAUAAAUACAUUAUAUGGAAUUGUACACGUGCAUGUAAAGGCACUCAGUAUAUCCAAACAACAUCAUCGUUAUGGAUACAAUAUUUUUUUUCCAUUCCUAUACAUAUGAUAUAUAUAUCAUGCGUUUCUUAAUUCAAGAAGCGUGAUUUUACUAUUUAUAUUUAAAUGCUUGUACACAUGCCUUUAUCGCAUGAAAAUUGAUAAAGUCUUUUAUUUUAAUAAAUCUUGCACAAAUGAUUCCAUGAAAAUUGCUGCUAUUAGCAUUGUAAAUUUAACUGUAAAUGGAUCAGUUGAUUUAUCUAACACUCUUACUGUAUACUAGAUUGGAGUUCGGUAAUUUUAUUUUUUUUUUCUUCUUCUUUUUUAAAUCCCAGAUGGAGAAACUAAUGUCAACGCUUCAGUUCAGUGGCCAAUAUAUUUUUAAUGAAGCAGUAAAAUUUUGAAAAUUAGGCACUUUGUUAUGCAAGCCUUGAAAAAAGAGACAGUUAGAACAUUUUCUGGGUGAAAAAUCACCUCUGCAUUGAUUUUUAAAGAGGAAUGAGGAAACUCUAAUGUUGGAGGUGAAUUAAAGCUGAAGUAUGAGACAAGGAGAUGGUAUAUCACCAGUCUAGUUAUUUAUUACUGGCCUUAAAGCCCAGGACCCUGGAGUUCUCUGAUUGGUUGUUUACUACAGGUGGCAGUCUGGUAUGUUAUUGGUCGGCAGGUUGUGAAGUGGUACGUAGGUUGGACUCUUGUUGGUUCAGUUAUUUUUAUAAAAUUGUGGUUCAUAAUAGUUAUGUGGUAAUAAAGGAAGACAGUAAAGUUUUCUCAUGUAUUGUUUGUGUAGCGUGAGUGUGUGAGAACGUGGGGUGGACCUUGCUUUGAUUCAGUUUUGUCAGUGGGUCCUCGCCAGGAUGGGAGAUGACCGUCAGCAGCCACUUUACUUAUGAUACUUCAGACAUGUAUCUGGGUGUGACAGACCUCCACCCUCGAUGAAUCUAAACCUCCGGUUUCUGUGGCUGGUAGUCGCUCCCGUCCUGGUCUGUGCUCUGACACUGUUGUAUGGGUCUGAGAUCACUUCAGGCUUCUGUAUGUUCCUUUAUGUUAUUGUGCCUCAGAAACCACAUGACCAUGUAUCUUCCACACACUGUUUCCAUAUCGACGCUUCAAUUCAUUUGCACAAAAGUCUCCAGAGGGAAUCACAGAGUUUAUUUCUGGAACAUUUGUAUAUGUGAGAAGAAAAUACAACCAGAUUUUUCUAUGACUCAGUGUUCUCAAGUUACCUGCUGUUCUUUAAACUGUACUAAAUAUUGUUUUCAUUCUCUGAGUUUGGGUUUUUAGAGCGAUGUUCUGCCUUUCAAGUAAAAAAAGAAAAAAAAGAAGAUUGGUUAUGUUGUGAGAUAGUAUUUUACAUGACAGCAGAGGUAAGCUCAGAUGUAGUGGUAAGAUACGACAACAAAAACAUUUGUCUUUUCUUCCAGGACACCUGCUCUAUUACUAUCCACACAGUUUGCAGCAUCAUAUAUGCAUUAGUUUUUCAGGUUGAGUGUGACGCUGACAUUAGAUAGAAAAAGUACAGCUUGUGGGCUGCGUGAUGCACAUGAUCCACAAAGCAACAACAGCCCUUGCAAUAAGGAAGUGUAAAAAGAGAAAACUAGCUUCAGUGAUAACUGUUCUGAAUGGACUUUGUGUUGUGUCCAUCUCUGCCACUGUAGAGAUUAGAGCAAAGCCAUCAGCAGUAUUAUUUAUGUGACCAUCAACCACCUGAACCACAUUUAGUUCUAACUCUUAUUGAUGUGAUUUGUGUCUGAGCAUAUUCACACCAUAUAUUGAUCUGUAAAAGUCUUCAGUCCCCUACAAAGUUUCUUUUUUUACUGUUUUAUUCUUGUUGGUUUCUUGUCUGAAGUGCUUCUUUUUGCUCAGAAUUGGUCCCAUAUCUUCGUUGCAUUCACCUCCUGUUGCAUUUCCUGCAGCUGUGCGCUAACUACGGGACCACAGGCCUGGACCAACAUGUCUUGUCCCCCUGCCUUAAUGUGGCCUUCAACCUGGAGCCAGACUGGUUUUAGCAGGAAUAAUCCCCUCGAACUAAAACAUGCUGUUUUCUAAACCCUCGGUGUGCUGUGCUGUUUAAGAGGGUCAUUCCAAAACCAUAUGAACCAAUUCUACUUUAAAAAAUAUACUUAGUUAUACAUCAUUUUUUUAAUAGUUUAUCAGUUAGUUGUGAGUCAUUUGGUCACAGAAGCUGUCAGGUUUUCUUGACUCUUUUCAACUAGAAGGAGGGCCGUUGUGUUGCCCCCUGGUGGCUGCUGUCAAACCUCAAUCAUUCCACACAGGGAAUUUUAUAUACAACCAGAAAAUCAUCAAAGUCAGUGGAAUUGCAACCCACCACUGGCCCACAGCAGCAUGCCUGACAGCUUCUGCCACCUACCUGGGAUCAGAUCAAAUCUUGAAAAUCUUCUAAGCAGCAAUUUUUUGGAUUUAUGUCAACUGGUGUUCCUGCCUUUGGUAGUGAGUUUUCACCGUGUUGCUACCUCUGUCGCUGCUCUUGGUCGUCCAGGUUGUUCUACCAACUUCUUUCCUGAGGCCUUCUAGCUGACAAAGAGUUGAACCUGCUUCACUGCUGAACUGGCUGCAUCCAGUUCACUCUCACAUAUUAAUAUAAUCCACACAAACGAGCAAUACGUGGCUGUUAGGUUAAUGCAACGCAGCCUUUUUUUUUUUUUUUUUUUUGGCAUUGACAGCUGGGUCUGCUUUCCAGGAAAAAUUCACAUACAGCUGCUCCUCGGUGCAUUUUAAAGGCAGUUGGUAUCAAUACUCCUCCUAGGUACCUGCAGCCAUAAUAAACUGAGCUGUGUAAUAAUGGAAGGCCUAUAGAAGAUGAAGGAGGGGGCUUGGUGCUUUGCUAAGUCAGGGAGUUAUACCUGCAAAAAGAAAAAAAAAAAAAAAAA